UGAGCUCCAGACUCCAGAGAUUAGCAAUGCUGUUCACAGUUAUAAUCCUAAGUUUGUCAGCGAUCAUUGGAGAAAGUUUUGCGAAUAAUAUUGUUCCGAAAAAUUACGAUGUCCAAUUCAGCACUGACAUCGAAAGCGGAAGUGAAUCUUAUGAUGGAACCGUUACAAUUUGUUUCGACGUGGAGAAAGAGGUUGGGCAGCUUGUUCUUCAAACGAGGAAUCUGACGAUCAAAGAUGUUACAUUGUCCAAAGAUGAGAUAAACUUUGCGACGAAAACAAGCGAACUACCAAACGGAAAUCUGUUGUUGGAAUUUGAAGAUCAGCUUUCCGAAGGAAACUACCAUUUGAAGAUCACAUUUAGUGGCACCGCUUCGGACAGCGAUGUGAUGUUUAAAGGAUCUUAUCGGAGAGAAGACGACUCAGUUGGUCACUACUUGAUGAGCAAGCCAAGGAAGUCUGAUUGUCACGAGGAGGCUAGCGCUUUUCCUCACUUUGAUGAAGAAUAUAAAGCCACUUUUAAAAUAUCGGUUGUUCAUCACGGUACGUUGAAGGCAUGGUCCAAUAUGCCUUUGCAGGCUCCUCCCGAAUCGCACGAUAGCAAUGGUAACGUAUUAUCUACCUUCCAAGAAACACCGAGGAUGCAUGUUUUUGAUGUGGGAUUUUUCGUGUCGGAUUUUGAAACGGAACAAAUUGAUAAGUUGACUGUGGUGGCUCGUAAAGGUGUUCUUCGGCAUACGCAAUAUUCUGCCUCAGUUUGUAAUGACUUGGUGAAGAUAAUGAACAAUCACACUGCUAUUGAUUAUGAUGGAGAUGUACCGGAUUACGUACUAAUAGUCGUUCCACGAAAACUAUCUCAUUCGAAUCUUACAGAGUUUGAGCGAAAGUUCGUAGAAGAAGAUUCCAUGAUGUACGACAGAGAAAAGGAUGACUUCGUCAGAUUUACCCAAUUCUUGAAAUCAGCUGGGAACAAUGUGAUGCUUCAGUGGUUUAGUAAUUUGAUUGCUCCUGAAGAGGAGCGACUUCUUCAGGCAUUUUCGAACGUUUACACGUACUUCAACGCGGAGAAAAUCUACCCGAAAGAGUACAUGAUGAUGCUCUACCAGGUAGAUGUACUACAAGAAUCGCUUGCGCGUGAUUACGAGAGACCAAGUAGUGUGCUGAACAUGUUUUGGUUAAUAGUGUUGGAUAAUAAAUGGGGCGCGGUAAUGAAAAAUUUAUCGAAAAAUAGAAAACCUCGUACAUUGACAACUGCGCAGCUAUGUUCAGAAGCUCAAAACUUGUGGAAAGAAGAUUACAAUCUGCCAGACGGUACAACGUUGGAGGCAAUUUUUAAUCAGUGGAUGCAUAGCGAUGCAGAACCACCUGUGUUGAACGUGCAGCGUCUUUACUCCGAAGGAAAGGUGACCCUCUCGCAGAAUGGGUCUGAGAAGAUUCUACCGUACAAUUUCGCAACACAGUCAUCACAUUUCGAGCAGUUGGGACCGUUCCAAUGGCUUACUGGUCGCAAUGAAACAGUUCGCUUCGACGUUUCGGAUGAUCAAUGGAUCAUUUUCAACAAGGAAGAGUUCGGAUUUUAUAGAGUAAACUACGAUGAUCGCAACUGGAAGCUAAUAACACAAGCCCUUCUAUCGAAUGUAUCUAGUAUUCACCCCGUAAGCCGAAUGCAACUGUUGGAUGAUGCGUUGAACUUUGUAGAGAACGAUCUGUUAGAUGUUUCGAUAUUGCUUGAACUGCUGACGUAUCUUCGCAACGAGAAAUCCUACGAUGUCUGGUUGGUUGCAAACAAUGUAUUGAAAACAUAUUAUCAUUAUGAAAUUGUUCCUCCGAAGUUAGUGAAGGAUUUUCUCUUGCACCUUGUAGAGCCGUAUUAUCAGAGUUUCGCAUCCCAGAGCAUCAGCCAACGAACUCCGCAAAUGGAACUUCAUUUACACUCUGAAUUAGCUGAAUUUGCUUGUUGGCUCGGUCAGAAAGAGUGUUUACAGCAAGCACGAGCUCAAUUCCAACAAGCAGUCGAGACGAAUAUUACUGUCGAACCAAAUUGGUCAAUAGUGACUUACUGCUACGGUUUACAAAAUGCAAAUGACAAGGAGCUGGAAUGGUUACUGAACAGUCAGAAGAGUCAACUUUGCAGAUCGGUUAGUUUUUUGAGUUGUGUUGAUAAUGAGAUUCAUUUACGACGUGUACUGGUGGAACUACAGAGCAAGACCAACCAGGAGUGUAUCGCAGAUUUUAUGGCUGCACUUGACGAGAUAGGUUUUGAUAUGUUACAUUCUCUAUUAAGGAAUGAUUCGGAGCUCGUAAAUGUUUUGGGAUCCUCGACGGUCGCGAACGCACUUGAGCAGGUCUCCAAGUGUACUAAGAGUGCCAAUACACUGGAGUUGAUCGAUGAAUUGAAGAAUUCUCUUGACUUACACUUAGAUGGGAAAAGUUCCGGAAAACAUAGGAAAAACAUUUGGACGGAGCCGAAAGCGACCGAGUUCAUUGAACGAUACUUGAAAGAAGUGGAAAAGCAGUCGGUAGUGUGAAUAAUGAACUGUUUAUGCCAUAAUAAAUAAUGGGAACGAA